AAAACUUCGCAGGAUUUUUGGACUAACACGGACGGGGCCAACUACACGGUACCUUAGUCCUGCACUCCGCACUCAACACCAGUCAACACAAUUAUUGAUCACCAUUCAACCAAUCAAGAUUUGGGAAUACCAAUUGAUACAAUGGCGACAUCCUCGAAUCACCCUGCAGAGAAUGCAAAGUUCCGCAUCCUAAUGCUUCAUGGCUACGCCCAGACGGCCCAGGCCCUCCGCAUCAAAACCCGCCCUCUCCUCAAAGAUCUCACCCAGACUCUUACUCUGGUCAUUGAACGAAAAUAUCCUGGAGGUAUUGAAUACCUCUUCCCCAACGGACCCAUCGACCUCGACACCAACACCACCUCCUUCACCACAUCUAAGUCGCACCUCACAAACGGAACGCGAUUAGCAUGGUGGCUCAACCUCGACGACACAAGCCGCUACAUCUUCCUCAAUGACACGAUACACUACCUUUCCGAAUACCUAGAGGGCACGCCCAUUCACGCAAUCAUAGGCUUCUCGCAGGGCGCCGCGCUGGCAGUGAUGCUCGCGGCGAUAUGCGAGGCCGCCGCCGAUCCGCAGCGGUUGCAGGCCAUGCAGACACAGAAUCUCCCUGUCGGUACCUUCCUGCGGUCGCUUCCAGGUCAGAAAUCCCUUGAAUUUGUCUUAAGCUUCUGUGGCUUCCGCGGCACGAUGGAGUAUUAUAGCAGUCUGUACACGCCGGCGCUGUCGACGCCGUCGUUCCACGCGAUCGGUGUAUUUGAUACCAUGAUCACGGCGGAGGAAAGUCGCGAGUUGUUGGAGGCGUUUGUCGCACCGGAGGUGCGGUGGUUCUUCGGGGGGCAUUUUGUACCAAGGGAUACGGAGAGUAUACAGCAGGUUGUCGGGUUUCUGAAGCGGACUCGGGUUUGGAUUCAGAGUUGA